AUGGAGCUUAAAUCGUAUCUUCUCUCUGUUGGUUUUCUCAACUCAAUUGCAGAUACAUUCUUAUUCAUCCUUAGGAGAGGUGCGUCAUGUGUUUAUAUGCUGGUCUAUGUGGAUGACAUCUUGAUCACUGGAAAUGAUAAUCGUCUUCUUCAACAAACACUGGAUGCUCUAGCUCAGCGGUUCUCAGUGAAAGAUCCAGAGAAUUUGCACUAUUUCUUAGGUAUUGAAGCACGGAGAACAUCAAAAGGGCUCCAUCUCAACCAAAAGAAGUAUAUACAAGACCUUCUUGCUCGAACAGACAUGCUUCAUGCGAAGCCCGUUACCACACCAAUGGCUGCUUCUCCUAAGCUGUCAUUACACACCGGCACUCGCCUCUCAGAUCCGACAGAAUAUCGGACAGUUCUAGGAAGUCUCCAGUAUCUUGCCUUCACAAGACCUGAUCUUUCUUACGCCGUCAAUCGGUUGUCUCAGUACAUGCAUGCUCCGACGACAGAUCAUUGGCUCGCGGUGAAACGUCUUCUUCGAUAUCUUGCCGGUACGUCUACACAUGGAAUCUUUCUGCAGACAGGGAACUCAGUAACUCUACACGCCUAUUCUGACGCGGACUGGGGAGGUGACCGAGACGACUAUGUUUCCACCAAUGGCUACCUUGUAUAUUUGGGAUCUCAUCCGCUCUCGUGGUCUUCAAAGAAACAAAAGGGAGUAGUGAGAUCCUCUACUGAAGCAGAAUACAGGUCAGUUGCAAAUACAGCCUCUGAAGUUCAAUGGAUUUGUUCUUUGCUUGGUGAAUUGGGAAUUAAACUCUCUCUGCCACCGGUGAUUUAUUGUGAUAAUGUCGGAGCAAUUUAUCUUUGUGCCAAUCUUGUGUUUCACUCACGGAUGAAGCACAUUGCCUUAGACUAUCACUUUAUUCGGAAUCUAGUCCAAUCUGGUGCUCUUCGAGUGGUCCAUGUUUCCACACAUGAUCAAUUGGCCGAUGUUCUUACGAAGCCACUCUCUCGUGCGGCAUUCUACAACUGCUCAAGCAAGAUUGGAGUUUCAAGAUCACCUUCAUCUUGA